GUUUUCUGACUUUUUGUCUGUACUCACUGUACCGUACAGUUACGCUCUUGAUUAUAAUAAUUAUUAAAAUAAAAAGUGAUGUUUACAUUUUUUAUUUGUGUUUCAAAUAUUGAACUGAUAAUAAAUAAGCAGUUAACAUUUAUAACAGUUUAGUAGUUUCCGUUUGAAGAUGGCCGCGAGGAGAGCGAGUAAGACCGUGUUGCGGUAUUUUCUGGGCACAUGUGUGCCUUCGUCGAAGCAGAAUGCUGCCAAAGUGAGAGUACCACGAUUGGAAUUCGAUAAUUACAUUCACAUGUAUUUCAAAGAGAACAAUUUCGUUUAUGCUCAUGAUCCGGAGAAGCUGUGCAAAACCGGCGAUGUGAUUUUGAUAAAGACACUACCAGAGAAAUUAACGCGCCUGAUCACGCACGAGGUUGUCGAGGUGGUAUAUCCUCUAGGCGAUAUAGUAGAUCCAGUCACAGGAAAAGAAGUUGUUGCAAGUAGAUAUAGGGAGGAUAUAGAGGAAGAGAACAUGUUAUAUGGCAAAGAAGAUUCGACCUUUGAUUACUCGAAAGCACCACGAAGAGGAAGACUGGAAGGUAUACGAGACUUCACUCACAAGAAGAGUUAUCUAAAGUAUUACGAAAAUCCUGAUGACCCACAACCAGACACCGUUCCGUCGGUAUAGAACAGUACUUGUACUCAGAAAAACUUGAUAAUUAAUAAAUUGUAAAUAUUCAAUGGAAACUGUA